AUGUUUUUUUCAAAACGUGCACUUUUCGUAUCGACUUUACUAGCAUCACUUGAUGUUACUAUGGCAGAGUUAGAGAGUGUCAGCCUUUCACACCCGGACGGUUCGAGUGCCACGAUACUUCUUUUUGGUGCACAUGUCACGACGUUUCGGGCGGCCAUAAAUCCAAAUCAAGACGUUAUUUUCAUGUCGAAAAAGUCUUUUAUGGAUGGCAUAAAUCCCAUUCGUGGUGGUUGUCCCAUUGUAUUCCCAACUUUCGCUGGUGUACCUGGAUUUCCCAACCACGGCUUCGCUCGCGUCACGAAUUGGACAUUGAGCAGUAGUCGGAAUGCUACUGAUAAGAACUAUCCAAGUGAAGCAAGAUUCACUAUGAAGGCAAGUGAUGUGACUCGUAAGAUGUGGCCUGUGGAAUUUGAGCUGGAGUACACAGUGCAAUUGUAUGCUAAUCAGCUUAAAACGGCACUUUUAGUACGCAAUACGCACACAGAACAAUUUGAAUUCAAUUCGCUGCUUCAUAAUUACUUAUGGGUCGACGAUAUUCGUGAUGGAGGUGUGGCAGUCUCAGGUCUGAAAGGCGUCAGCUAUUUUGACCAAGUGUCGAAAUUGAAUGAAACCGAAAGCCGCGAUUCGAUCACCAUUACCAAUUCAACAGCACAAUUAGGCAAUAUGUACAAGGAUGCUCCCGACAAAAUUGUUGCGACGAUCAAGGGUGCUAACAAGCAAAACCGUCUUGUGACUGUGCAGAAGAAAGGGUUCAUUACCAGCAAAACUGGUCAAAAAGCUUACAAAACCAAUACUGAUGUCAUUGUGUGGAACCCUGGGGCUGAGCGUGCGAUGAAGCUGGAGGAUUUUGGCCAAGAUGAGUACAUUAACAUGAUCUGCAUCGAACCCGGUCGUGUCAGUGCCAAGCAACCUCUUCCAGCCGGCGAGACGUAUACUUUACAACAGACUAUCACAGUCUCCCUGAACUAA